AUGGGCCCGGAAGAUUGCAGAGGGCGUCGAAUGAUUCGAGUCAGCCAAGAGGCGCAAGAGGAGGUUGUCCGGAAUCGCAAGCGCACUUCUCUCAAAUUCCUCACCAUUGUCCAGAAUGCCUGUGAGCGUGAAGAAGAGGACCCGUGGAUCACACGAUCACGCAACGACCUGCUGAGGACGUGCAUGAUGUCGCAGUGCGAAAUGUGCUCUGGACAGGCCGAUGCCUUUGGCAAGGGCGCAGCUCCCAGUCGCAAAGGCAAGGGCGAGCGGGAGCUCAUCGAGAUCGAGGCUUUGCGCGCCCGCGCUCCCCGCGUGGUGGCAGUGGUCGACGGUCGCAAGGCGCUAAGGCCAAGCGAGAUGAAUCCGACAAUGAGGCGUGUCUGCCGCGUCGAAGCAAUCAAGGAGGCUGAUAAAGGUGAGCAGGACGACAGCAAGGAGGCGGAGAAGGAGAAGGAGAGGCGAAAAGAGAAGGAGAAAGAGCGCAGAAAGGAGAAGGAGAAGGAGAAGGAGAAGGAAAGAGACAAGGAAAAGGAAAAGGAAAAGGCCAAGAAGGAGAAGGCACGGAAGACGAAAGCCAAGAAGAAGAGAGAGGAGGAGUCCAGCAGCUACUCCUCGACCUCUGAGGACUCGCGGAGCCGUCGGAGGAAGAAGAAGAAGAAAGAGGUCAAGAAAAAGAAGAAGGGCCAGGAUAAGAAAAAGAAGAGGAAAGAUGGAGAGUGUCUCGAAAUCGGCAGCUCCAGCAGCGGAGACUUGGAGAUCGUCGCGGAGACCUCCGGUCCGAUCUUGGCGCUGGCCAACAGCACGCCCCCUGAGCCGCCCACAAUGGAAACGGCCUUUGAGGAGGUGACAGAGGAGCAGCGUGAGAAGCAGCGGCGCCGAUUGGAGCGAUUUCGGGCGAUGCAGGCCGGCCUGGCAGAAGGCGAUGCGGAAGGCGAUGCCAAGGAGGGCGGGACCCGGCUUGAAGUCAAAGCGUCCGAGGGCGACUCGGUGCUUGCCAAGCUACGGGCCAAGGCUGAUCGGACAGAGGCCAAGGAGGGAGGUACCUCAGAAGAGGAGAAGUCGGCGACGUCCGAGUGGGAGGAGGAUGGAGAGGGCGGAGACAGCAAAGCAGCGAAGGCCACGGCGGCCGAGAAGAAAGGCAAGAAGAAGGCUGCCGAAGAAGAGAUCGCGGAGGGACUGGUUGAGAAGGAAACGAAGGAGGAGGCCGAGGUGGCUACAGAAGAGAACAGCGCGAGCAAGUCGGGCGUGCAGAAGGUGCCUGAUCAGAAGGAGAAUGGCGCCGAGGGCACAUCUGAGGGCGAGGAAGGUGACGAGGAGGUUGGCUCACCCGUCGACGUGAACGAGCCCGACUUGAAGUGGGAACGCAAGACGAAGACAAAAGCUGCCAAGCCGGGCGAUCGCAAGCGUGGAGUGCAGUUCGGAGCGGCAGCACAACCUGAGCCCGACAAGGACAAAGAAGGUUCCGACGACGGCAGUGAUGCGGAGCUCUUCCAGGACCUCAAGAAGGGUGCGCCGGCCGAAGCAGCGCAAAAAGAGGAGCCAAAGGCGCCGGAGGCACCCGCAGAACGUCCCGAGGAUGACUUCGCCAAUUUUCUCGAUGAGAUCAAGGAGCUGGAUGCGUUGACGGGGCAGGAGCCAUCUGCGGACGCUGACAAGAUCGAGGAGCUGUUCCAAGCCGCCGACGAGGGCCUGAAGUUCAAAGAUGAGGCGGAGACCACCAAGGCCAGCCCCACCACCCUGGAGCAAAGCAAAGAGGCACAGCCGAGCGACGACACGCCCAUGGCGGAGGAGCCGCAAGAGGAGGCAGAGGUGAAGGAGGAGGCGGAGGUGAAGGACGAGGCGAAGGCUGAGCCCAAGGUGAAAGAUGAGCUGAAGGAGCCCGAGGUCAAGGAUGAGCUGAAGGAAGAGGAGGAGGUGAAAGAAGAGGUGAAGGAGGAAGAUGUCGAGAUGAAGGAGGAGGGCGGAAGCGCGUCUGAGGAGCCACUCACGGGCUUUCUGCUCCGCCAACACUGGGGCACCCGCUGGGAGUGGCAGAAGGUGCUCGCAGAUCCAUGGCACCUGCGCACGUUCUCCUGGCCCCGGGGACGUGAGGCAGACUGCGUAGAGAUGUCUGAAGUCGUCCAGGUGGAGAACCUCUGGCUCGUGGAUCCACAGGUCUCCGUAGUGCCGCUUGGCGCGCGUGCGGAGGCUCCUAGAGGUGAAGAGACGCCCGCGGGGUUUGCGCUGGUGCGGCGGAACGGCCAGGAACUGGUCUUCUGCGCACCUUCCCCGGAGUUGCGGGGGCAGUGGCUGGCGGCCUUCCGAGACCUUCUGACCUUGGCGAAGAAAGGUGGAAUGGGGAGCUAA